AUGAUCCCAGAGUAUCUGCAGAAAGUGCUACAGCGGUUGCCUAGUUUGAGUGAGGGAUCCACACAGGUUGGGGAGAAGUACAUCGCCUCUCUGGCUCAGCCUCUAGACAGUGCCCAAGCGCUGCUUUCGUCUUUGAGGUUGCAGCAAGUGAACAACAACAGUGUGGAGGAGUGCUUUCGAGCUAAUAUCGGAACGCUGCACCCGAACAACGCCAACCUAGUCUUAAGAGACCUAGGAGAAUUGGCGACGCAGUUUUCGGGAUGCAUUCACGCGUGGCAGACGCCCUUGCAGCAACAGGGAUGUACGCCCACACAGCAGAGAGCGAUCAAGGACUACCACACGGUAGUCGCGAGGAUGCUGUCAGUGCAGAGGGAACUGUCUGAACGCAUAUUGAGACCACAAACGGCCCAAGAUGAGCGGGAGCAUUAUCAGCUGAUAUACUGCAACACGAUUAGCGCGCAGUCGAUGCUGCUAGGGGCACUGCAGAUAACGAUGAACCAGUCAAAUAAUCGGAGUACGGGGGGGACGUCAUCGGAAAUACCGCUCACGAUACAUGCGUCGAUCUGUAUCAUUCAUUCUUAUUGUUUUCAUCGCUGAGAAGUUGCUCUUGGUUCACACUACAAAGUGAUAUCCUUAUCCACAGUGUUACACACCAAUGAAUAGCAAGUUCGUUCACAGAAAUACUGUAUCUGUAUAGCACUGCAACGACUCUCGUCCCAAACAAACAUGAACAUCAUCGUCAAAAAGGAUCCACAGGUGCCCGAGCCAAUCAGUCCCGGUUGAAGAAGGACAACACUGUGGGACCCGCUACAUUGUUGCAGGCUAUUUCAUGUGAACUCUUUGGGGGUGAUGUGGAUGCCCCAGCAGCCGCACAAAUGAUGCACAUGGAUGGUAGUCAGGCAGCGCCUUCACAAGGAUCCAAUUCGGUACUAUUCAUCGCUCCUAGGGGGUUUUCUCGUCUUACGCGCGCCCCCUCAUGCAAAAUAGAAGUAGGUAAGAUACAGAUAGGUUCUUGUUGUACAGUUCUUGUUGUACAGAAGUUGUUGCGUGGAGCUUUUCCUCAGAUUUGAAGCAAAAUAUUAAUCUCUUAAAAGUAGCUGCUACUUUUUUUCUAAGUUUCUUAAGUCACGAAAGAAAGCAAGCAUCUAAUUAAAGGACGUCCAAACACCUCCUGUUAGGCACAUUCAUUCAUUCAUUCAUUCAUUCAAUCCAACUACAGACCACGUCGUCGAACGACCCUGCGGCGGACAAGUAUUUUCAUCGAUUACGGGAGAAAUUGCGCGAGAGCAUGCAAGGCUUUCUGCUCAUCGAGGAGUUUCGCUUACAUGGAAAUGCGAUUCAACGAUUGUCUGUGCAGUUGAAGACAUCACUUACAACGCAUUGUAAGAUCCAAAUACGAGCAAUCAAAACCCAUCUCCAUGCCGAACGUAUAUCUCCUCCUCUAGCGACCAUUGCAGAAAGCAGUAGUACUACAAAUGGUGGCGCGAGUAGCACUAGUAGCGGUGCAGCUUCAAGUUCAACUGAGACGCAAGCAGCUGGCUCAGCAUCUUCUGCAUCCCCUGGUAGCGCAACAGCGAAUGUUAAUGGUACUUCAAGUUCUAGUCCAGGUGGCACUUCAAGUUUUACUGGAGAAAAACAACAACAAGCUUCGUCAGAACCAACAUUGGCGCAAGUCGACCAAGCUGUCGCCUUGUGGUUGCAAGAGCUCAAUGAGCAUGCCCAGAGCGACGAGAAGAUUUCGCUGAUGGAUUUCAUCACGUUUGGGUACCAAAAGUGGAAGAUCCGGUUUGAGCACAUUUACCGUCAAUGUAGGGAGAUUCAAGGAUCAUCGAGUUCCCAUAACAGGAAUAGAGGCUCGGUGGAACCAGGAGAGUCCGUGCCAUCAUUGGAGGAGCAAGAAGCGAUCCGACAGUUUUUGGAAGGGAUUCCACUCUUUGCGAGGAUGAUACAAUGUACCUCCUGCUAAUUACAACAUACUAAACUGCAUCAGCGUUUUUCAAUGUAUGAAUAGGUCUUCGUGUUACCUAAUACAAGUGGAGCUGCUUCUUGUUCUUGACAACACAAUUAGAAAAAAUGCCUUGCAAAAGAUUUGACAAAUAAUUCUCAAAACAGCAAUGUCCGAGGAGAAUGGUGCACGACAAUCGUUUCUCAGUUGCAUUCGAAAACAACAUUUUCCACCUGGAAGCGAGGUCUUCCGCCAAUCGGAAAAAGGAAACGAAUUUUACAUUGUCCAAUCCGGUGUAGCGCAAGUGUGGGCGCAUGAAGAGAACUUUCUGAAGGUGGGGGAUAAAGUCCGGAAUAUCAAAGGUACGAUUAGGAGUGGCCUUUUUGGUUUGAAGCAUGGAUAGGAUUGGAGGUGAUUUUUGAUUUUUGAGUUUACUCAUACUUUUCGUUUUUUUUCUUGAGGUUGGUUCUUUUCUUUAAUGAAGAUUUUUACCUUUUUUUUUUACUUCACCGAACAAAACAGAAGUACAUUUCGGCGGUCGCAAAGUUCCCGUUGGUUCUCUUGCUGUCGUGGACAAGUUCGACCAGCAACGUGAGUAUCCUUACACGAUCCGUAUAGUCGAGACUGGC